UCUAUGAUUUCCCCAGGGGAGGGGGGGCUGGGAGGCGAGAUUGCCUUUGACGUUGAUUGGCCCUUUGCGCUCCCCGUCUCGGCCGUUGCCAACCCUCUGAGCGAUCAUGGCAACCGGCGCCGCCCGGAGGGACGCGGCGAUGACAGCGGCUGGAGGGGCCCCGGGGCGUGGUGCCGCCUGGUAAUGGAGCCGCCCGGGAUCGAGCCCGAGAGUUGCUCCCCGGCCCAGGAGCCGCCAGGGUCCCCGGCCCCCCCCGCCGAGGAGCCGGAGCCGAGCGAGGCCGCCCCGGCGCCCCAGCAGGAGGCCGAAGGGGUCCCCCCGCUGGCCCCGGUUGCUCAGGGCAGCCGGCCCGGCGGCCCGGGCUCGAAGGGUCAGGCCAAGCGGUGCGGUGCCGGGAAGGGGAGCCGGGGCAAGCGGGGCUCGACCCGCCGUGCCGGGGAGGAGGGGGGCCGGCCCGCCCGGCGGGCCCAUGUCACCGUGGACAGCUCCAAGGCCAAGACCUCGCUGGAGGCGCUGAAGAUCAGCUUGCGGCAGCUCCGCUGGAAAGAGUUUCCAUUUGGUCGACGCUUGCCCUGUGAUAUCUAUUGGCAUGGGGUAUCAUUUCAUGAUAAUGACAUAUUCUCAGGUCAAGUCAACAAGUUUCCAGGCAUGACAGAAAUGGUGCGUAAAAUUACCCUGAGUCGGGCAGUGCGAACAAUGCAGGAUCUAUUUCCUGAAGAGUACAACUUCUAUCCCCAGUCAUGGAUUCUGCCAGAAGAGUUUCCCCUCUUUGUUGCUGAGGUUCGCAUGAUGAAAGAGAGCGAUCCACCCUGGAAGCCCACUUUCAUUGUGAAACCUGAUGGCGGGUGUCAAGGGGAUGGAAUCUACCUCAUUAAAGACCCCAGCGACAUUAGACUGGCAGGAAACCUACAGAGCCGGCCAGUUGUAGUCCAGGAAUAUAUCAGCAAACCGCUGCUGAUUGACAAACUGAAAUUUGAUAUUCGUCUAUAUGUCUUACUGAAAUCUUUAGAACCAUUAGAGAUUUAUAUAGCUAAAGAUGGACUCUCUAGAUUUUGUACAGAGCCCUAUCGAGAACCCACCCUGAAAAACUUGCACCAGGUAUUUAUGCACUUAACCAACUAUUCACUGAAUAUUCACAGCGGGAACUUCAUCCAUUCGGACAAUGUAAACACCGGCAGCAAAAGGACUUUUUCAAGCGUCCUCUACAGACUGUCUUCCAAAGGGGUUGACAUCAAGAAACUGUGGUCGGAUAUAAUUUCAUUGGUGAUUAAGACUGUUCUUGCACUGACUCCAGAGCUGAAAGUUUAUUACCAAUCUGAUAUACCAGCUGGAAAGCCUGGGCCAACUUGCUUCCAGAUUUUAGGAUUUGACAUUCUCCUAAUGAAAAAUUUGAAGCCUGUGUUACUUGAAGUAAAUGCAAACCCCAGCAUGAGAAUAGAACAUGAGCAAGAGCUUUCUCCAGGAGUGUUUGAAAAUGUCCCGAGCCCCGUUGAUGAAGAAAUAAAAGUAGCUGUCAUCAGAGAUACCCUUCGUCUAAUGGACCCGCACAAAAAGAAGAGAAAAGAUAAUCAAUCUCAACUGUCUGAGAAUUCAUCAGACACAAAAGAUGACCUAUUGGAACCAGGAUCAACAGACCAAUUGGAACAUGAUAUCAGCAAAAAUCCUGAAGCCAGCUUACCCUCCCUUUGUCUCAAGCAAGUGUUUCCAAAGUAUGCCAAACAGUUCAACUAUCUGCGACUGGUGGACAGAAUGGCUGCAUUGUUUAUCCGAUUCCUUGGAGUAAAAGGGACAAUGAAGUUGGGACCAACAGGUUUCAGAACAUUUAUAAGGAACUGCAAGCUGAGUAACAGCAGUUUUUCAAUGGCUUCCGUGGAUAUUCUGUACAUUGAUAUCACAAGAAGGUGGAAUAGUAUGGGACUAGACCAAAGAGAAUCAGGGAUGUGCUUGCAAGCCUUCGUAGAAGCUUUCUUUUGCCUGGCUCAAAGAAGAUACAAGUCACUCCCACUUCAUGAGCAAGUGGCAUCAUUGAUUGAUUUCUGUGAAUACCAUCUAGCCAUCCUUGAUGAGAAGCGCCUGGUUUGCAGCCGAGGAAUAACGGAACGCCGAGCAGCACUGGUUACCUGUCAGCCAGAUGGACUCCACCUCACCCCAGCUACUCAUGCGCCUCUUCUGAACCGCAUGACUGCUGCCAAUAAACUUACAGAUUAUAGAAAUUAUCGGUCUUGAUGGGUGCUAUCAAGGAAAAAAGACAAUGACAGGGCUGGAAACUGAUCCCUGAAUACAUGCUCUUGAGUUCUUCCAUCUGACAGUCGCCGUUAUUUAUUACAGCUUUCCCUCAUUUAUGCUCUUCAGAAAUGACUGUGUUGCAAACUUCCCCUUCCACGUAAUGACUCUCAGUGGAAAUGGCUGUUUAUUAUUUCCCCAGUGGACAUACAAGAUAGCUGAAAUGACAAACUGCACCUUUUAUUCAGAGUUUAUAGAAAAUCAUUUAUGAAGACAAAGGGGCAAAAAUGCAAUGUUACAAUAACUGGCAUCAUGGGGUUGGUAGCACUGACUGAGAGGAGCAACCUCACGGAAGGAAUUUCAGCCUCAGUAAUGUCUAGGAGAAGCCAAUUUCUGCAAUAUGAGCAACAUAGUUUUUGAGCUGCACUGUGUGUUCUGGACAUUGUUUUGAAAUCAAGUAAGGAGAUGCAAACUGGCAUUUAUAAAUUUUGUGCUUUUUUAAAAACUAAAAGUGAAAAUUAUGCAUUUGAUCACAUUUUAGGCUUUGUCUCUCUUUUAUGAGUGUUUAACUGUAUUUUGUUUUGUGUGUAUUAAUACAGAUUUUGUCUGUUGGGUGCCAGCAGCUACAUAUUGGAUUUUUUAAAAAGUCAAUCCUAAAGCGCUGAAAUCAUAACUGCUUUUGGGACCCAGCUCUUUGUACACAGCCUUUGUUACUCCAACUGCUGUUAUAUGUCAAAAGAAAAGGUUAAAAUGGCUACCAAUCCUGCUCACCCGUAUAUCCAAAACCAGCUCCAUUAAGUUCACUAAACUGUUAGGUGGUACUUCAGCAGGACUGCAUACAUAUGGAGUGAUGAGCACUGAUCCUGCAAGAGAACUGCAAAGGCUCACCCCAACAUUGUUCUCUUUUCAGGGUCAGGGCCAAGGAGCCAGACCUAAAGCCCCAGGAAGUCAGUGGGGCUUAAGUGGCCUUUGGGUCAGGCCUCUGUGAGUCACAGUUGGCAGGAUCAGAUCCCAAGUUGCUGGUUAUGAUCUUCAUGGCCUUGAAUGGUUGAGGACCCCGCCAUUGAGAUCUCCAAUUUCCCAUGGUCCAACACAAUUAAUAAAGAAAUUUGGAUUGAUCCAAGCAUUUCAUCUUCUGGGACUAGUAUGAGGGCAUUCUUGCCUGAAAGCCUCUGUGAGAGUCUGAGUUUGAAUUCAGGGCACAGCACUCUUCACUCCCAUUGGGUUGGGAGUUGAGGGCACUUAGCAUCAUGUAGAGUCAGGCCCAUAGGGCCUGAAAGCAAAGUCUGUUGAAGUCAAUGGAAGACUCCCAUUAGUUUGGAUUAGGCCCUUAGUUACGCCUUUAUUUUAGUAUUAUGGCAGACCUCUGAAUUCAUUAAGAUCUAGGUCAGGUCCUAGUGGAUGUAGAUCGGUGUAGCUCCAUCUGACUGAGAGGCUUUCAAGGCAUCUGGGCACCGUUACAGCAAUAAAAAAGAGCAAUGCUCUGGGGCCAGACUGCAAAUUAAAAUGAAGGUAAUUCUCUUGUUUGGUCCUUUGGAGAGGAGAACAACUAGAAUUGUUCAUUACAGUUUAGUGCUUUAUUUACUGCAUGAGCACUAGCUCUCUCUGCCACUGCGUGUUACCCUGUAACUGUGCUCUGCAGAUAGGAGCAAUUCCAUACUUUGUUUUUUAUUUUAAUAAUUAUUUGAACAGCUACUGUACAUAUUUUCUCUGUACUUGUAGAAUGUUUUGGCCAGCAUUCAAUGCCGUCAUUAAUAUUCUGUCACAGUACAGCACCAAACUGUGCUGAGCUAGUUUUUCAAGUGUCUGUUACUGUAACUAAUGGAUUUAACAGUAAAAAGCUAGACAAAUUGCAUAUUGGAUAUUUUUGCUAUCAUUUUUGGACCGGGAAUGGUCCCUAGAGCUGUACCUUUGCAUAUGUCCUCAAAUUUCUCUUUAAAAAAUAUGUAUUAGAACAAAGAUGUACAAGAGAACACAGUAAUCCUUGCUGGAUUAUGUUACUAGAUUUCUUUUUAAACACAAUUAUAUAGUUUACUCCUAUUUCAUAGGACAGAAGUUGUGGGACCCACUCGUCUGCACUCCCAUUGACCUUAUUGGGGGGCUAGCCUCAGCAAGACUUUAACACUUAGAACUUCGGUACGGUUGACAAGGAAGCUUCCAUUAUAUAAUUGCAGAUAAUGGUAAUGCACUUACCCAAAUGGCUGCAGGAAAAAAUCCUUUCUUUUAUUCCUUAGAAUUCAAGAACCAGGGCUAAUUUGAAAGCUGUCCAUGCUGUCACCGAGCUAGCAUAGUUAUAGGACAUGAAGAGGAGGAAGUAUGGCCUAGUGUUUAAGGCAUUCUGGGACUUGAGUGGCCUGGGUUCAAUUCCGUACUCUGCCACUGACUUUCUCAGAGAUCCUGGGCAAGUCACUUUGUGCCUCAUUUUCCCAUCUGUAAUACAGCAAUAAUAGCACUGUCCUACCUUACAGGGAUAAUGUGCGGAUAAAUACAGUAAAGAUGGUGAGGUGCUCCGAUACUGUGGUGGCAGGUGUUGUACAAGGAUCUAAGAUAGGAUGGGCCAAAUUUUGCACGGUUACUGCAAAAUUCUGCAAGCAGGUCUGUUUUAAAAUUACCUAUUUUUCAGUAAAUUUCAGAAAAAUGUUAGUAAUUAUCUACUGGAUUUUAUUACAAAAAUUGUUGCUAUUUGCAAAAAAGAUUUUGAAUGGUAUGUUUUGAAAUUAAAAUUUCAGCAGUUUUUGCUGUGAAACUUGAUCUUUGAUUAAAUUUCAGAAUUUUGAAAUUUGA